GUGCUUGCCUACUGUUCACUUCCUGAAGCUGAGUAGUGGAGUGGUACCGAGAGACUGGGAAGAUUCAACAACACAAAUUAACUCCACUGUACAAUGAAAUUAACAUCAAUCAUACCCGGUCUUGAUCUCCACUACUUUACGAUAUUACUGGUAGCAGGCCUGUACAGUCCCGUGUGGGGAGAGAUAACCAGUCUGGAUGCUGGCAACAUAGAUGACACGCUCAAUAAUGCCGGAGUGGCACUCGUUAACUUCUAUGCGGACUGGUGUCGCUUCAGUCAGAUGCUGCACCCCAUCUUUGAAGAAUCAUCAAACGUGGUUAGAGAAGAAUUCCCAGACAGCCGAGAUGUGGUGUUUGCACGGGUAGACUGCGACCAGCACUCGGACAUUGCCCAGCGGUAUCGCAUCAGUAAGUACCCGACGCUGAAGCUCUUCCGGAACGGAAUGAUGAUGAAGCGCGAGUACAGGGGUCAGAGGUCGGUGGUGGCCAUCGCCGACUUCAUCCGCCAGCAGAGGGUCCAGCCCAUCGUGGAGAUGAAGAGCCUGGAGGAACUCACCACUAUAGACAGGAGUAAGCGCACCAUCGUGGGCUACUUUGAGACGAAGGAGACCGAAAACUACAAGAGCUUUGAGAAAGUGGCCAAUAUCCUGAGAGAUGACUGUGUGUUCAUGGCUGCCUUUGGGGAGGUGUCCAAGCCCGAGCGCUUCAGCGGCGAUAACGUGAUCUACAAGCCUAUGGGGGAGAACGCCCCAGAUAUGGUCUUCCUGGGCUCCCUCACCAACUUCGACCUGACGUACGCCUGGGCCCAGGACAAGUGUGUCCCUCUGGUCCGAGAGAUCACCUUCGAGAACGGAGAGGAGCUGACGGAGGAAGGCAUUCCCUUUCUGAUCCUCUUCCAUCUGAAGGACGACACGGAGAGCCUGGAGAAGUUUCAGCACGAGGUUGCCCGGCAACUCAUCAGUGAGAAGGGGUCCAUCAACUUCCUGCAUGCCGACUGCGAUAAGUUCCGCCACCCUCUCCUCCAUAUCCAAAAGACGCCUGCAGACUGCCCAGUCAUCGCCAUUGACAGCUUUAGACACAUGUAUGUCUUCCCAGAGUACAGCGACCUCUCGAUUCCAGGAAAGCUGAAACAGUUUGUGUUGGACCUUCACUCAGGAAAAUUACAUAGAGAGUUCCACCAUGGGCCUGAUCCUACAGACAGCACACCAGGACUGGAGGAGAACAAGGAGGUGGCAAGCAAUCCUCCAGAGAGCUCCUUCCAGAAGCUGGCUCCCAGCGAAACGCGCUACACUCUCCUGAGAGACCGCGACGAGCUGUGACCCAAACACACUCUUAAGAAAACCUACAAUAUACACACACACACCCCCACACAUCAUGUACACAUAUACACCACACAACACACAAAGACAACACACACACACACACACACACGUUCACACAGACAUUUAGAACACACAACCCACCCAGAACCUAGAGCCGGCAGCCCCGCCCCCCGUGGCCUGGCCCCGCCUCUCCUGGCGGACCCUCCAUCACUCUGUUUUACUGUGGACAUCGAGGAGAAGGACGAGAAGGACGAGUGGAGAAAUGGAAGGAGAGAGAGAGAGAACGUGAGAGAGAGAGAGAAAAUAGGCGAAGAAAAACAAAUAGAGCGUUUUUUUUUAUUUUUUUGAAGCGUGUAAAUAUGUUUGUGCUCUGUCGGUCAGUCGUGUCUAAAUUAAAUACAUUUUUUUCUG